AGAGUGACAUACCCUUUUGAUGGCGCUGUCGAUGUAAAUAGAAAAUUUACGUCACGAAUGUCGACGCCAUAACAAAUCUGUCACGGACUACUGAAUUCUUACAUUUUUAUGUUUAAGCUUAUGGAAUUUAGUUUAUCCUGAGUGUUUUAGCUUCAUUUAUAAAAUCCUGGAUCAUUUGUGUUCAGUUUGAAGUUACAAAGUGGUGUAUCCACUGCCCUGAUUUCCUAUCCACGGCAUUAUUUUUACAUCAUAAUGACGAUCAAACCAAAGAAGAAGACUGCUAAGGAGAAAAAUGAUCAAGACGCAGGUGACAGUCAUGCGUCCGUUGGACAUGCAAUGCCUCACAGCCAUACGCUAAAUCAUGGACAUAGUCAUUCACACUACCAUCACGCAACUGGGACAGAAAGCAGGUUGGACAAGCAAUCCAGAGUCAGAAACUCUCCCCCAAGGUGGCCGCCAUCAACUUCCUCGAGGGAUGAUGUUGCUCAUUCUGGACUGACACAAAACCUAACAGCUGCCUCCAAUUAUGAAUAUGAAACUAUAGACUCAUCAACAAAUCAUAAAAGAAGACAUCGCUCAUCACCUCAUAGGACUGUGAGGAAACACCGCAACCAUCCUUCGAGUGUAAUCUCUAAUGCUGUUGGUGUCACAACUGCCAAUAAUGCAUCGAUGAAUAGCAACCUCGAACUUGAUGCCUGUGAUGAAGAGUAUAAUAGUGAAGAUGAACAUAGUCAGCCUCCUGCAAUACCAGAAAAUGUUAAUGAGCUGGAACAGUGGUUUGAAGAUGCCUUGAAGGAAAAGAAAGGGUUCGUGUUGAAAAAGAUGGGGGAAGAUGGAGCCUGCUUAUUUAGAGCUGUCGCUGAUCAAGUGUAUGGAGACCAAGAGAUGCAUGGAGUUGCGAGAAAACUUUGCCUGGAUUACAUGGCAAAGAACGCAGACUUUUAUUCGCAAUAUGUGACAGAAGACUUCACCACGUACAUCAAUCGUAAACGCAUGGACUCGUGUCAUGGCAACCACCUGGAGAUCCAGGCUAUGACGGAGCUGUUCAACCGACCAGUGGAAGUGUAUCAAUAUAGUUUAGAACCCAUGAACACAUUUGACACUGCCUACAAGACGGACAACGCCCCAAUUCGUCUUAGUUAUCAUGGCAAUGUUCACUACAAUUCCAUUGUGGACCCUUAUUCAGCUUCCAUUGGAGUGGGCUUGGGGCUGCCUGGUUUACAGCCUGGGCAGGCAGAGCGAAAUCAGAUGAAGGAUGCAGUGAAAAGCUCCGAGAAUUUUCAUAUCGAGCAGGUUCUUCCAAGUCUCCUCGCCUCAGUCCCCCCCAGAGUGUGGCUCCGGUGUCUGGAGAGUUGGGCUCCGCAGCAACAGGGGGUCAGGCGUUCAAUGAGACGGCGUCCAUCAUGGACCAUCUCCCUCCUGCCUUCUACGGUGUAUCAGACUGGGCGGAAGAGGAUAUUCUGGCACAGGUGAUGGCGCAGUCGCAGCAGGAAUACCUGGAUAAUCUGAAGAAAAAAGCGGCUCCGAGCACAGGCCCUCCCUCUGUGUACCACCCGUCCACCUCUUCUUCCCCCUCUUCCUCCUCCUCUGCGUCGUCUUCCGCCGGUGGCGCCAUGGGCAUGUCCGAGGUGGCUGGCUACAGCGGAGGAGCAGGCACGUCCGCGUCCUCCACCUUGGAUCAGGGUCCCCCGCACUACUACAGCAAAAAGAAAGGCUCUGGCCACCACAGUUAACGCAUGCUCCACGGCUAGGUGUAUAUGUUUUAUCUCCUCGGCCCGGGACGGGGAAGGCUCUGUAAGGAAUCUCUGGUGGUGUACUCCGGUCACAGUCAAGGUCAUUGACUGACUGCUGUGAGCGUCCAAUCUCUUCUCCCCCUCUCCCCUUCCUUAGUGAUAUAUAUAUUUUUUUUGCUUUCAAAUUGAUUUGCAUUAUACACAGACAUUGUCAAUACUGCCGUUUGAAAUGAGAUCCUAGUGACCAACAAAAUAAUGUUUUGAAAAAACUGGUAAACCAACUUUUUAAGCUAUACUUUCUGUUCAAAUUUUCUAGUUUCUAUAACGUUUAUAUGGUAUAUCAUAUGUCGAGUAUAGAGAUAUAAUCUAUUCCAAACUAGGUUAGAAAUAUGAGAGCAUUUUCACUUAAUUAAAUUGAAUCUUAUAAAAGUCAAUUUAGCCUUGAUUUGAAAUACUAUGCUUUUCAUCCAAAUCGCAGAGUUGUAAUAUUUAAUCAUCCAAAAUACGUCUUUAAAUGUCAUGCAAAACUGCCUUAAGUCCAAACCAAAGCUGAAUUUUUUCCCCCCUCAACGGCUGUGGGGUUUGAUGAAGUAGUUUCUGUGUGCUGUGGCUGGAGGUUUGUGUGAUAACUCAGAACGGCUGUUGCUGUAUGAAGAAAAGAAAAUAUUUGUUUCGUGUUCUUAUGCAAAGAGAGUUCAUAUGAUAAUGGUGUACUGCAAGGGGUUAGUGGUUAUAAUUUUUUUUUAUUUUGGAAAAGGAGAUGAUGCAGAUGAUGGUGAAAUGAAUGUUCUCACCCUUUAUGUAUAUUCCCUUUUAUGAAACUUGCUGUUACCAGUACAAUGGCUUUCUUUUGGCAGAGUGGGUUUUGCUAUGUGGGAUACCUAACACUUCCACUUAACAUCUUCAGCUUGGAGCCUUUUGCGUUACUUCUUUUAAAAAUCUUUGUGGUGAUGUUGGACCAACAGCUUUCAGACCCUAGGAGUCUGAAAUUCUCUUUUGAUAAAGGUAGUGCUGAUCCUUGUCUUUGAUAAGGGUUGAGACUGUUAUGCUCUACAGCAGAUUUUUGUUCUUUAUGUUUUAAUUCAUAUGGUGGAAAAGGAUGGGAGGGUAGAGGAAGGGCAGAGAAAGUGUUUGAUGGGAGGCAGGAGGGACAACUUUCACUUUCCUUUCAGCUCUGGGGCGCUGGACUUUGUGUCCCGGUCUUUACAGUUUUUCCUGAGCUAGCUCACUGGUCCUGGGAGGUGACUGACCUAGAGCUAUCAUAGUCCACCGCCUUAAGUAUUGGACUUGAACUUCUUGAGUUGUGAGUUUGAUUCUUGGCUUUAAAGUUAAAGGAUAGGACAUCUUGUCCUUGAGAAAUAUACAUCCCUGUGUUAAUCUCAGUUCAUCCAGCUGCAUAUAAGUAUUUGGCAAUCAGUAGAGGCAGAACAUGUGAGUGAUACUGGAAAUGGCCUAUUGGGCUGCUACGCUGUAUGUCCCAAGGGGGUUCAAAAUUAAUUCUCAUUUGGAAUGGACGACUCUGUUAAUAACUUUUUAAAAAUUUCUGUGGG